CGACAAAAAGAUCAUGACAGCCAAAACUGAGUAAAUAUCUAACGAACUGGACAAUUAGAACCGUACGGGUCGUUUCCACUAUUUGGGAAUUUUUCUGCGCUUUCCUUUCUUUCAUUUCAUUUGCAGAGAAGAAGAGAAAAGCGGGUUCUCUCCGACAAAAUGGGUUCAUCUUCUGUGACCAAUCCGUUGACAUCGUCUCUUGGAAGCACCAAAUCCAAGCUCUGCUCAAUCUCUUCUUCCUUGGUUCCGAACCAAUGCUACUCUUUGAGUCUGAACUCUCUGUCUGUGGCUUCGGCGAAGAAGACGACUAGGUCUGCGAAGCUCAAGCUCGUCUCCGGUCGCUCCGUCGUCUGCAAAGCCGUUUCCACGGAGCCACAAACCGAGGUCGAAGGUCUCAACAUUGCUGAAGAUGUUACUCAGCUUAUCGGGAAAACUCCGAUGGUUUACCUGAAUAAUAUAGUAAAGGGAUCCGUGGCAAACAUUGCUGCCAAGCUUGAGAUUAUGGAGCCAUGUUGCAGCGUUAAGGACAGGAUAGGGCUUAGUAUGAUAAAUGAUGCUGAGCAAAAAGGACUUAUAACACCUGGAAAGAGCGUUCUUGUGGAACCCACAAGUGGAAACACUGGCAUUGGUCUCGCUUUUAUUGCUGCCUCAAAAGGAUAUAAGCUCAUACUAACAAUGCCUGCUUCAAUGAGUCUGGAAAGAAGAGUUCUUCUAAAAGCAUUUGGCGCUGACCUUGUUUUGACUGAUUCAGCCAAGGGCAUGAAAGGAGCAGUUCAGAAAGCUGAAGAAAUAUUGAAUAGCACACCCAAUGCCUAUAUGCUUCAACAAUUUGACAAUCCUGCGAAUCCCAAGAUACACUAUGAGACAACUGGUCCAGAGAUCUGGGAAGAUACAAGAGGGAAGGUGGAUAUAUUUAUUGGAGGAAUUGGAACUGGAGGAACCAUUUCUGGGGCUGGUCGGUUCCUCAAAGAGCAAAACCCUAACAUAAAGGUUAUUGGUAUAGAACCUACAGAGAGUAACAUAUUAUCAGGUGGAAAGCCUGGUCCUCACAAGAUUCAAGGGAUUGGAGCUGGAUUUAUACCAAGGAAUUUAGACCAAGAUAUUGUUGAUGAAGUCAUCGAGAUAUCCAGUGAGGAAGCUGUUGAAACUGCGAAGCAAUUGGCACUACAGGAAGGCUUGUUGGUUGGAAUAUCUUCUGGGGCAGCAGCUGCCGCUGCAAUCAAGGUUGGAAAGAGACCAGAGAAUGCUGGGAAGCUUAUCGCGGUGGUCUUUCCAAGCUUUGGUGAACGAUAUCUCUCUUCGGUUCUCUUUCAGUCGAUUCGAGAAGAAUGCGAGAAGAUGCAACCAGAGCCAUGAAAACACAAAAAAGAAUGCCCUUAAUGAUUCUAUAACAUGAAACAUGUUAAAAUUUUCUUUCCUGUGCAUUUUCUUAGGUUCUGUUUUUCCUCCAGAGGACCUUGGGCAAUUUGUUUCUUCAUGAUUUUCUCUAGAAAAUCCCAGUCACUGGAGUUGCGAUGGGACUUUCGUUCUUGAUUUUGGACAAUGAGCUGUCGAGAAAAUUCGUCUUCAAAAUUGACUGGAAGGGAAUAAAACCAAAAUCUAAGACCAAUUUUAUUCCAUUUUCACAGCCACGGAUUUCUUCCAGUUGGUAAUGUAUUGGCAUUUGACGAUUUCAAUAAUCAAAAUACCCAGCCACCUAAAUCCCAA